GAAUCGUUUCGCAUAUAAUAGUAAAAAAAACUGUCGCAGUGUUGACUUGAUUGCGCUUAAUCAGCCAAAAUUAGAUUAAUUUUUUGUUAUCAUUCGGUCUGACGAAAAGCCAAAAAGUUCAAGUCAUAAUGUUGAAACGAAAUCUAUGCAGUGUAUUUCGUUCUUCCUCGAAGGCGACAACAUUCGUUUGCUUCAUCUGUACGUUGUUUUGUUGUCUUCCAGAGAAUAUGACGUGCUCCCAGUAUAAGGUCAUCUUAUUCGAUUCAUAUGGAACACUAAUCGACGUUGAUGAUUUACUGGAAAAUACUCAAAAUGUAAUCAGUUCAACAGACCUUAAACUUCCGACAGAGCUGAUAAACUUAUGGAGAGCCAAGCAAUUAGAUUAUACAUGGUUGAGAUCACUAAUGAAAAAUCCAAUGGCUGAUUCAUAUCAAGACUUUUGGGUGGUGACUCGGGACGCAUUAAAAUUUUCUUUGGCCAAAUUGAAUAUUUCGUCGACACAGUCCCAGCUAGACAAUCUGAUGAAUGGUUGGCUACAUCUCCGUCUCUUUCCCGAUGUAAAGGAGUCGUUAACGGUACUCAAGAAGAAUUACCAACUGGCAAUAUUGUCGAACGGAACUCCUCACAUGUUAAGAGAAGUAUCCAAAUCGAAUGGAUUAGGUGAUUUCAUUAGUCCUGCCAAUGAAAUUAGCGUUGAUGACGUAAAAGUGUUUAAACCACACCCAAGUGUAUACGCUUUAGCCGAAAGCAAAUUACGUGUUUCCAAGUCCGAAAUUCUGUUCGUAUCAGGCAAUAGCUGGGACGUUAUUGGCGCCAAAACUUAUGGAUUUGAAUCGAUUUGGAUCAAUCGAAAAAAUGUACCGGAGGAUCAGCUGAAUACAAUGGCUGAUAUGCAAUUUCCGGAUUUAAUUCAGUUAACGAAACGUUUCGGCUCGUCUUAAGUUUACAUCAAGUUUGUGACACAAACAAUAAACCAAAUUGACUA